AAAUUAGACACUCAAUAUGGCAGGAAGUAGCGGUCGGUCUUUACAAAAAAUGGACAUGGGAGACUCCAUGGAUGAAGAGACCAGGCGACUGGUGCAAAAGCAUCAGCUGCAAGACGAUGCAACAGAUGACUCUGUGGAGGUUGUGAUUUGGAUGAGGGACAGGGUUGGAAUUCAUGUCACCCUGGAGUGUGCCGGUCACGAAGCUACCGCAGAAGACUUGUUUGAGGUGGUUGUUAAGGAGAGGAAUCUGCCCCAGGACUGUGAUAACGUUUUCUCCAUCUGGCUCGUCUCUCCUCUUCUGGAAUUAAGAUUGAAAAAGAGCCACAAACCCUUCCAGUUUGCCCAGAUGUGGGAUGAAUUCUGUGUGCUCUACACAGACUCCAAACCAGAUGAAAUUUCUAGAGAUGAACCUGUUGUAAUGUUUCAGAGAAAUGUAUUUCUGACUUUGGAAGAAGAAAUGAAUAUAUGCCACGAAGUGAUGUUGAGUUUGCUGUACCACGAGGCUAAAUUUAAUGUAAUUGAGGGACGGUAUGUUGUACAACCGGAGGAAUACGACCAGCUGGCUGGCAUCCAGGCAUUGAUCCAUCUGGAGCAUUAUAACGCGAACACACACACUCGGGACCAUUACAAAGAAGAACUUCACAAAUUUUAUCCAGAGUUCAUGCGAAAGCCAAAAAGCACAAAGUUUUUUAAAUUCGGUAAAAAUGAUGGAGUGGAACCUUUGGAGGUCCGAGUUGAGCGAGCCCACCGCCAGAUCAGCGGGGCUUACAAGGACAAAGACAUAAAGCAAGCUCUGCCCGCCCUUUACAGGACGUAUCUAGAGGUGUGUUGGCAGUAUGCCUUCUAUGGGAGUGCAUUCUUUGAAGGUAAAAUUCAGAAACAGGUGGGGAAGAUUAAAGGUCACCUGCCGGGGGUAGAGAAGGACAUGGAAGUAUUGGUGGCCCUGAACACAGACGGGAUCUGUAUCAUUGACCAGCUGAGAGAGGACCCAAUGUUAGCCGUUCCCUACGAGGAGUUGUCAUGGGCGCUGGACACGAACGAAGAGGAGGAGAACAGGAUGGCCGUUCUAAUGCUGCAGUUCCUGGUCAAGGAGGAGGGGGAAGAAGUUACCAAAGUACUACAGGUGUUCUCCAGUCAGGCCAAGAUGAUGGAUGCAUUGAUUGAAUCGUGUGUGAAAAGGAAACAUCAGCAGAGGGACCAGAGUGCUCGGGACGGAAUCAGUGUCCCUGAUGGAGCCGGAAAGAAGUUCAGGAACGAGAGAUUCUGCAGCAAAAUAACAAACAAACUGGAAAAAAUGACACUGUCUACUUACUCACUAAAAGGAGACAAGAUCCCCAUGAGAGACAGUAAUUGAGGAGGUCGCUGUGGUCGGCUAACUAAGCUUUUUGCAUAAUAACCGUAGAAUUUUUAGUUGAUUUCCUGUCCAAAGGUUGUGACCUUGUAGAAUAGCAAACCGUAAGAUCAAACUUCAAGGACAUAACUAUGAUAGAACAAAGCAAGACUUUGAAAAAUGUUAAACUAGACGUCUUUAUUGGAAUCAGCUUCUAGAUUAGCAAGACUUCAGAUAAUUCUCAACACAUGUUUUUGCGCAUUUUUGUAUGACGUACCUUUGCAUUGGAGGAGUCAAUAUACAAAAAAAAACACAUUCUGGUAUGUGUAUCUGUUUCUUCACUCCAGUUUUGUGCUCAUAAUAAAAAACAGAAUCCAUUCAAUACUACCCAAGGAAAUUGAUUUGAACAUGUUUAUGGUAUGCACAGGAUCAGUGUAAAAUGUACAACCUGUUUAUAAUGCAUUUUGUAUCAUUUAUGUUAUGAAUUAAACAUUUAAUAAUACGGCAACUGUUUUUACUGGCAAUGUUGGUAAUUGUUUAACUUUACUUCUUGGACAUUCUUAUUUGUUAAUUUUCAUGUAUAUGUAUAUCAAGUUUAUGGUAGUAUAAAUACUUUGUACCCUAGCUACUGUAGUGUUUGAUACACAUUUUCAUGUAUAUGUAUUGAGUUUAUGGUUGUAUAAAUGCAUUGUACCCUACUGUAGUGUUUGAUACACAUUUUCAUGUAUAUGUAUUGAGUUUAUGGUUGUAUAAAUACUUUGUACCGUACUGUAGUGUUUGAUACACAUUUACAUGCAAUUCUUUCAUUGAGAAUAUUAUUAUAUUUUUCAUUCCAGUGUUUUACCUCUUAUUUUAUAUAACAUUACAGUGUCUAACUGGAAAGAAUUUAUGGAAAUAGUUUGUAUUUGUUCACAAUUUAUUCUACAAAAAUUAUUUUUAAUGGAACUUCACACAGUUGCAGAGCUAUGCAAUUUAAAUAUACAAAGAUAUGUCUGUAUUUCUUUGAUGUUUGAAAAUGAUUGUUAGUAUCUGGAUAAUGCCUUACAGUUUUAAUUAAUUGUACAUUACUGAACUCUAAUUUAAUCAUUAUAAGCAUCAGUAUCUGCAAUGCAAAUACAUGUACAACUUCAGUACUCAAAUACCACUAUAAUAUUAGUCCAAGUGAGAUAUGGAAAUUCCAGUUACCAUUUGUUUUAGAAUAAUAUUAUGGAUUAUAACCCUAAUAUCUGGAAUCUUAGCAAUACCUGCUGAACUGGGCUGUGUUUUGCAAAAUAACUUACUGAACAGAGGGAGGUUUGACUGUAGUUUAUGUUUUCCUAUUAAUAAUAAUUAUUUUUAUGGUUGAUGUAAUAUUUAUUUAUCCUUUAGGUUACUGUGAUAUUAAUCAAAAGAUGUUUUAUUGAUAAUUGAUAAUAAAUUUAUUUGAAACUUU